UGUAGUAGGCGGGCGUUCCAGUGUUUGUUGUUUUCGUGCAGCAGAAUAAAGUCGACCAGUCGACAUCUUUGGAAAAACAUCGCAUUCCCGUACGUUAUGAAUAUAUUUUAACAUUUUCCAGCUCGGAUAAUCUUUUGAGAAACCCGACGACACAGGGGACCAGCAGUAGGGAAGAUAUCUGGAUUCUCUUUUGAGUGAAGCUUGUUUUUUUCAAAAGAUGGGCAGUCAGUACCAGCGCUCAGUACCACUAGAGGUGAGGAGAGCAGAGGGGGAGAGAGUUCGGGCCAAGCAUCCUGACAAAAUACCGAUCAUUGUGGAGAGGGCCCAGAGGUCACGUGCUCCUGACCUGGACAAGAAGAAAUACCUAGUGCCCUCAGAUUUAACAGUGGGCCAGUUGUGCUUCCUGAUUCGCCAGCGUGUGUCUUUGAGACCUGAGGAGGCACUCUUCUUCUUCGUCAACAACUCCCUUCCCCCAUCCAGCUCCCCUCUCUCUGCUGUAUAUGAGGAGCACCACGAAGAGGAUCUGUUUCUGUACAUGACCUACAGUAAUGAGAGUGUGUACGGCGCCUGAGGGAGGACAAAAGAGAAGAGAAAGAGACACGGAGAAAGAGAGCGAGAGUGAGACAGAGAGUGAGAAUGAGAGUAGAUACAGUGAAACUGUCUGAGGAACAAACAAUUAAAGUUGUUUUGUAAUGCUUCACACCACUAUUAUUCUUUCUGUUAGUUUUGUUAAGUAACUACAGUGCAUGGUGAAAGAAAGGCUUCGCACAAAGCACAGGGGUCGGGUAGGUUUUACAUUUGUCAGUAUUUGGGGUGAGCGUGACGCAUUUUUAGUCUUUAAGUUAUCUUUAUCCCUUGUUUAGUGAAAGAAGAAUGAGGAAGGAGAUAAAGAAAGAAAAGCAUUGCAACAGAAAGUUAUUUUGUGGAGGGAGCUCUCGUUACCUUUCUCAGUCAUCUGUAUUUAAUGCAAAUAGUAUUUUCUUUUUUUUUUGUAAAUUAAUACCAUAAACUUUUGUGGAAAAUAAAGCAAAAUCGAAAAAAAGCA